AUGAGUACUUCAAGAGUUGACGAAGAUACGCAUGAAGACACACAGCCUCAGAUAUUUGCCGAGGAAACAGACAAUGUUGAUAUACAAUCAACAGGCAAUCGACAGCAGAGUAAUCGUCAGUCAAGUACAGAAGAAACAAGCUCGGUUGACCACGAUGAGAGUGAAAAGGGAAAAUCAGGAAAGAUCGAUCGCCUCAGACAGCGACGAAUAACAGCUCUUUGUGCCGUGACACGACAAAGGAAUGCAUUGUCUGCCUUUAUGACUGAUAGUAACAAUUUGCAUCUGGUCAAACUUGAGUUGUCUCAUUUGGAAGAACGCUUUGUAGAAUAUAGGAAAGCGUGUGAUUCUCAUCUAAAAGAACUAAGCGAAGACGAGGCAAAACAAGCUGUAAUCGAGCAUAACAAGUUAAAAGAAAAAGAUAUUGUAAUAUACCUAAGUCAAGUGUCGUCAUGGAUCACUGAAGCAGAACAUAAUUUAUCUGACCGCCUGGAAUCGUUAAGCAGCAAAGUCUCUGAUCGCACUCGAGCAUCUCACCACACUCGCGCAUCCAAGACUAGUUCAAGAUCGUCAAAGCUUUCUGCCAGACGGCAAGAAAAGGUCAGAUUGGCUGAGCUGAUAGCCGAGAGAUCCAUGUUAAAGAAAAGACAAGCUCUUAAGAAUGCGGAAGAAGAUCUAAAAUUGGAAAUAGAGAUAGUCAAGACGGAAGCGAGGGAGAAAGCUUUGGCGGAAAUGAGCGAAGAUGAAUUGUAUAGUUAUAAGUCAAGACGUCCCGUGUCCUUGUCGACCGCAUCAUCCUACCAACAGCUUCCUGCUUCAAAGGUGCCUUGUCAAAGUUUUCCUUCUAAAGUACAGAUAGCAAGCCAACCAAGUGAAAUAUCGCAUAAUGCUACAGAAAGACGUAGUGUGAUGCGCGGUGGUCAAACAUUGCCUCAACGUAGAAACCAGUCUUGUGAUUCAAAACAUUCAAAACCGCAACAAGUACAAUCUCCAUCAAAUGCUCGACCAUUUGAAUACGAAUUCCAUACGUUCGUAAAUCCCACCUCAGCGUCAAAUGUUAACAAUGGAAUAGGAGUUGCAAAGAAUCCCCCUGAUAAAGAACCGAGCCCAAAUACAGCCAACGUGACAGAAAGUGUGCUUGAAAGUAUGAUGUUACUUCAGCAAAGACAAACUGAAACAUUGAUAUCAACCCAUCAACAGCUCACCGCUUCAAUGACUUUACCACAACCAUCUAUAAACGUAUUUAAAGGUGAUCCUCUAGAAUACAGAACUUUCGUUAUGUCCUUUGACACCCGAAUACAGUAUCGAGUUAAUAACAACGCAGACCUACUGUAUUAUUUAAACCAACAUUUGAGUGGAGAACCGAAAGAUAUGAUUGAAGUUUACACAUGGAUCCGGAAAUAG